AUGUCAAGAGGAGGCGGCUGGGGCGGCGGCGGUGGAAAGAAUGACCUGGGCAAAAUGGGCGGCCAAGCGCUGCCCUGGGAAUACGACCCAGAGCUCGAAGGAAAACUAAACACAAAGCCCAGCGAGAAGUUUCCUCCAAUCCAACCACCCAUAGCUGACCCCCCUUCCAUCUUCGAACGCCAACUAGUAUCCCACUACCGCACCCUACGCGCAAGAAUCCACGACGGCCCCUUCUACGCCAUCCUCGACUCCUCCGCUCGCGUGCACAAGUCCGGCAAAAAGACACCCCCAACCGCCCACUACGAUCCCUUUGAAUCCAUGCCCACCUACUCGCAACGCUACACCAAGAAGAAAAACACACUGCCAAAACUUUCCUCCAGACCUUUUGUAAAGUCCUUUUUCCCCGAGGAGUUGUGGGCGAUUGUGGAGCCGGGCAGUACGGCGGGAGUGACGAAGAAAUCGCUGAAUCUGUCUACGCGGACGAGGUUGGAUAGAUUUGAUGCUGAUAUUGAGGACGAGGAGGAUGAGGAGGAUCCGGAUCAGUUUGAUGAGGAUGACGAGGAUGAUAAUGAUGAUUAUAAUGCGGAGCAGUACUUUGAUGGUGGAGAUGAUGAUGAGUUUGGUGGGGAUGAUGGUGGUGGUGAUGGGGAUGAUUAUUGA